CGUAACGAUAGCAGCAAAAUCCGAGUGCUGCAAUCGUAGUCACAACCAAACCAAAAACAAAAAUAACGAACCCAAGAAAAUCUAAAAAAUAUACGAAAUUCUCACGCAAUUCGCCGGUAAAGAAUAAACAAAAAGGAUAUGAAAUUAUUUGUAUGUGGGAAAAAACAGAAACAAUUGCAUGCAAACGGCAAGUGUUUUCCCAGUGCAAACUGUGAUACCUAAAUAAACUUUAUAAUUGGUGAAUUAAUAAAUUGAAGCUUAAGGAAAAAGAUUAAAGAAAUAGCUUGAAAAAUGGAAGGGCUAAUUGCAAAGGAUUUUAUUUAGCGAAGACAGAAAAAGUUUUAAUGCUAAGCAGCAUGAUAAGGAAAAACUAAACAGAUGGCUGUUCAUAAUAAUAAAGGCGGACAACUUUUUAAUGGAAGCCUCCGGAACACGAAUAAUAACCAACACGAGGGAAGCAGCCUCAUCAGCAACAUGAUCCCCGUGAUGUCCGCGUAAUGAAAACGAAACUCAAAAAGUUGUCGUGCCGUUGCUGAGCGGAAAACAGCCCAGAAAAAAGGACAAAAUUAACACGAAAACCAAAAAAUUGGGAACGGAAAAUGAAGUCUGUCAUUCUGUAUCCAUAUGGACCGCUAACCGGCGGCACUCGUUGCUGUCGCAUGUUGCAUGCCAAAAAUUUGGCCAUAACAAGUGCAAUUUACACAAUUAAUAUAUCGCUUUUAAUCGUACUGAUCUACUCGUGGCGCAUAAAUGUCAAUAUGCACAAGUCGGCAGACCUGCAGGAUGUCUACUACGGUGUACAAAUAGCAUAUUUUGCUAUAAUCGGCACACAAAUGUCCAUGAUAUUGCUGAGCAUUGUGUUGAUAUUUGGAAUAUGCCGGGAGAACCCCGGACUAAUUGUACCCUGGAUAAUUGGCUAUAUAACAUUUAUGGCCCUGGAAGCUGUCGCCAUGGUCUACUCCAAUGUUCUGCGCGAUCAUGUAAAUAAGCAAUUUGAUGCCAUGUGCAAGGCUGAGGUGGCUUUCUUUAUUGCCAGAGCCUUAAUUAAUGUGCUGGCCAUGUGGGGUGUGCUCCGCUUCUACAAUUUGGUUCGCUCUGGAAUUACAUGGCGUGGACCAGAGGCCAAGACCGCCAUUUUUGCGCCCAUGUAUAAGAGUGUUAGUACGAACAAGCCGCACACAUACACGUACAGCAAGAGGUCAAGACGUCGCCAUAGCAUUGAGGCCACUUCCGGCGGAUGCUGCGCCAUCUUCGAUUUCGACUUCGAGUAUGACGACGAUAACGAUGAUGAUGACGACGACGAUGAGGCGGCCUACGGUUUGGAUACGGAGGACGAGGUGGGCUAUGAUUACGAUGACUACUACGAUUACUACGACGAUGAUGAGCUGGCGGAACAGCAGCAAUUGGGACUGCAGCAGGACGAUGCUGAUUGCAGUAUGUUGGGGGCCAGCAAGGCCAGCAGAUCGCUAUCCAAGCCGCGAGCCGCUGUGGUCAAGGUCAAGGGUCAGCGGAGCGGAGGUCGCCGCACCAACAACAACAUUCGCAGCGUGCUGAUCAACAAGCGGCACAACAAGUACAAAAUUGCCCGGCCGCAAACCCAACUGGAGGUCAUCAAUGAAUCCGAGAAGAGUGCGGGGAGCGGCAGCGAUGAGAACGAUUCACUUUUGGUGGCCUAUGACAGCAGUUCGUCGCUGGCGUCGGUUUGACAUUGGCCGCCAUGUAAAUCGGGAACCGGAAAUGGAAAUGCAGCCAUUGGGGGAGGUGAUAGAAAUAUCGGGGGAAAAUGCCACUGCAGUGAAAACAAAACCAGAAGAAGCGGAAGUGAGACCGACGACGACGAUGACGACGACGACGAUCCUGACCAGGGCCAGCAUCUGGAGCCUGGGCGGUCCAAGGGUGGUGGCCAAUGUUGUGGUCAGCCACGCCGACGUCCACUGCGACGCGUCUACUGCGCUGUGAAUCUGUCCAUAAUGGGAAUUCUGGUGGCCGUCGAGAUAUACGCACAGAUCGCCAUAUUCCUGUAGAUCUUCCCGGAAUAAAAAGUGUUCUUCCAAGGCCAUUCGAUCUCAUAUUUUCAUUCCAAAGAUCAAAAAUAAAAACACACCCUUCAAAUGCCAGCAGAGAUUACAGCUUUAAAUGUAAAUAGUAACAGUUCAAAACCAAUAAAAUAACUUUAGAUUCUACAAUUAGCUUACAUUACUCAAAUCGCCACUUCAAAAAUAUUUUUAACUUUUAUCUGUUUAAUGGUUUUUACAGA